AAUUUGGUCGCAGAUAUCAACAGAAAAUGGCCACUUUGUGAAACAGAAAACGACAAAUCUUUGACGCAGAAGUUAACACAGCACUUACAGCAAAAUGGCAGGCAAUGUAUUGAUGUCAGUUUGUUAUAAUGGGGAUGAGACGUUUGUUGACAUGCUUGAGAUUUCAUAUAACACCGUGUGGACGGAUUUAGAAGCAAUGUUCAAGGCAAGAUUAGACAGCGACAGAGUGAAUGUGAGUUAUAUGGAUAUAGAAGAUGAUGAGGUCUCUAUUGGAAGCCAGGAGGAAUUAUUUGAAGCUUUCAGGAUGGCAAUGAACAAUACAAAAGAUAUGCUACAAGUAAAGGUUAUGCCCCUGUCCCCGGAGACUCCGGUAUUCAGGAUGCCCGAUGUUGAGGAGGAGGAACAACAGAUGCCCCCAUUAGAACCGAACCCCAGGGUACCCCAGCCACAGGUUAUAGACAGAGAGGACGAGCCGCUAGUACUGCGGGAGAUCUGUCCAGAUCCCUCAGUUGCGAUACCAAUGCCUGAUGUUGAAACAGAAUCAGACAGAGCAGUUGGUGAGGACCAGUCUGGUGAAUAUGAAAACCAGUCUAGAGUAGAUGAUGAGUACCAGUCUAGAGCAGAAGCUGGAAACAAGUCUGUUGAAGUGGGAACCAAUGUGGAUGAAGCUAUACAAACACCAGAAAUUAAGUCAGAACCAAGCAAGAUUUUAUUUCCUGAUUCAAAUGAGCAACUUGUUGCCAAUUCUGAGGGAGUUCAGUGGGAACCAUUGCCAGGAAGUACAAUAGCGAGGAAAGAACAGAGCAGUGAUGACCAAACAGACAGAUCUGAUCAACUUCUACCAUACUCUGACUUUGUCUGCUUUAUGACCAAGUUAAAGAAAGAUUUGAGGACUGAGAUAGUUCGAGACGUCACCAGAAAAACUGUCAAACAGGUAUUGAAGGGACUUGAUGGCGCUGUUAUUGAAUCUCUGCAAGGGUCUUCCCUCUUGCAAGCAGGGGCCAAUACAGCAACAGCAGGAGCCUCUAGAACACAAACCAGUGAACAUUCUGUGUAUGUACAUGAUGGUGUAUACUGUGAUGGCUGUAACUGUGUUAUUGUGGGACCAAGAUACAAAUGUGGGAAUUGUCUCGAUUUUGACUUGUGCGAGUCUUGUGAGGAUAAACCGGGUGUACACGACCCAAAUCACGUGUUUGUCAAGAUCAGACGUCCUUGUUUUCGAGUAGGGGUAUCAGCUGAUGGAGUCAGGAAACCACUUCUCAAGACGUCAGUCUAUCGUACACAGAGGAAAUGCGGAACAAAACUUCUUAUACCCAUCUAUCCUGAAGGCGAAGAAGAUCAAAAUGAAGCCAAUGUAAAACUGGAAAGUAAAUUGAAAGGGAAAAUUGCUCAAAAGGAUGAAAAGAAAAGACAGAAAACUGAAAAGAAGAUAGAAAAGCUGAAGCGUCGUGAAGAGAAACUGAAGAGACGGAUAGAUGGUUUUAGCGAGUCACCGAUGAAGAGGGAAAGAUUGGAGAUUCUAGAUGAUGAUAACACUGUCAGAUAUGAUUUCUACAAAGUUAUGAUGAAUUCGGUUUUCCUCUCUGAUGUGACAAUACCAGAGAACACAAAGUUGCAGCCAGAGACAAAAUUUGUGAAGACCUGGAGAAUGAAGAAUGAUGGAGAUGGUGUUUGGUCUGCAACUACUAAGCUGAAGUUACAAUGGGGAAACAUCCCAACACCAAGUGCAGAAGUUGAAGUUCCAGAGUUGAAACCUGGAGAGGAGGGAAAUGUUAGUGUGGACUUUGUGUCUCCAACACAACCAGGUGAGUACCAGAGUCACUGGAAAUUACAAGAGAAUGGUAUGCCAUUUGGUGUGAGGGUCUGGUGUACUAUAAUUGUGGUGCCAAGAGAGACACUGGAACCAACCACAGAACAGGAAGACAGUCUCAAAGUUGUCAUGGAAACAUCCCAGAAAUCAGGAAAAGAGGAAGAAAGUAAAGAAGAACCAAAAGAACAAAUUGAAAUCACCUUCAGAUCUACUGAAGAAGAAGAGCAUUUGAGAGAAGUAUUUGUUAAACGAGAUAUGGAACCAGUCCAACAGGAAAUUGAAAAUGCAGCCAGUCAGCAGGAAGUUGUAGAAGAAGCAGAGAACCAGGCUGCAGCAGACGACAAAGUGGAAGAAGCAAAGGAUGAUGGGAGUCAGGAUGAGAAGGAAUCAGUAACAGAUGAAGGUUACGUUGUCUAUGCAAAACAUGGAGAUGCAGAUACAGAUGUAACUGAAGUUGAGAAAGACAAAACUAAGGAUAUGGAACAUUCUCAAAGUAUAGCUGAAGAUUUGAGCACAGCUGUUGCCCGGCUUUCAUUAGAGUAUGGAGAAAAAAGAGAAGAGAAGCAGGCUGUGUCCUACACUACCACACCAAAUAAUACACCAUUUGAUGUGACUCCCCUGAAAACGCCCAACCCUGAGCCGGAAGAUGAGCACAAUGAAGACGAGGACCAGUUUGAGAUGAAACCCAUCUCCAACAGUAGUAGCGUAGAGCUGGUACCAUCUCCAGAAAAUGAGGAGACCCAGGAAGAACAUGAGCAUACAUAUGUGAGAGAAAGGAUGGAAAGCUUGGAACUUAAACCUGAUAUAGAUCUAGAGUCGGUGAGCAGUUACUCUGACGAUGAUGACGAUGAUUCCAUUUUGUCCGACAGUGACUAUAUUAUCGUACCUCUACCAGACUGUUUUGACCUGACCAAACCUCUGAAGGAGUCGACCAUCUCCAGCUACUCAAACUCCGUAGACAGACUUGAAGAUGCUGAUCGGGACUUCUCCUUGGAUGAUAACCACAAUAUCCCUUUUGAGAGUCAAAGAAGUAGCAGAGCUGUGUCAGUUGAUGAAAUAUUGACAACCUCCAGCUCAAUACCAGCAAGACCUCUAAGCCCCACCCAAGUUGUUGAAACUCCUCCUACCAGCAUUCCAGCUGAACAAAAGACAAUGGAAGACACACCCACUGUUGUUGAUACUCCAAAAAUCACACCCACUGUUGCAGAGACUACCCAAGCCAUGCCCCUAACUAGAAGUACAGAUGGCAGUGCAACAAGUGAUGGUGGAGCUAAGGGAGAUAAUUCUGAUGUGAAUGGUAAUUCCAUGAAUGGCGGGGAGACUGCAGAUAGUAAUGAUAAGGGUGACUCAGUUGUGAUAAUGAUUGGAUCUGCCAUAGAUCAGCAGGGAGCAGUUAGCUCUCCUAGUUCUGAGAUGGUUACACCUACAGAGGGCGCCACUGGGGAAAUGGCUUCUGGGGCUGCAUCUGCUCAGAAUAACGAGGCUGUAGAGAAAGCAGAAAGGGAGGUAACCAGUGAGGAAACAAUUACCAAGGAACCAGUGUCUGCCUCUGCUCAGAUGCCGGAAAAUGUUAGAUUUGUUAAAGCAACUGAUAAGAAAGGAGGACGAGAUGCACAGGGAAAAACGGUAGAUUUUGCUCCCGAGUUUGCAAACCAGCUUGUUGCCACAGCAGUUAAUGCUGCAGGUCAGGCAUAUAUCACAGCCAAGGCAGUGUUCAAAACAUGGCAAGAUAAACAGCAAGAGGCUAAACAACAACAACAAGAGGCUAGAGCUGCAAGACCAAAAACACAGCCUAAAGGCUGGAAACCAGCUGGUACACAGUACACCCCUCCAAAGGAAAAUGAGUUCAAACCUCCUCAGUCAGAAUACAAACCCCCACAGUCGGAAUGGACUCCACCAAAAUCCGAUUUCAAAGUCCCAAAAGAUGACUGGAAGCCGCCAGCAGAUAAUUACAAACCCCCACAAUCAAAUUGGAAGCCUCCAGCCGAGUCUGAACCUGCACCCCCUAAAGAUCAAUGGAAGCCUCCAGCAGAAGUUGGACCUAUGGCACGUCUUUUCGAAAUGGGAUUUUAUGAUACAGAUUUGAACAAGAAAUAUCUAACCAAACACAAUAAUAACCUAGAUAAGGUCGUUCAGGAGUUACUGAGCAUGAAAAACAAGGACUGGUUUGUUUAAACAAUGAGUAUAAUUGUUCAAGUAUAAAGAAUACAGGAAUACAGUCUAAAUUGUAAAAAAAAUUUAAUAAAAACUAACAUACUGGGAAUGAUUGAUUAUUUGUUAAUCUUAUGCGUAAAGUUAUAUCUUCUCAUAUAAAUUGUGAUCGAGAUGGAAUAUUAGUGAAAGAAAAGUAGUUCAUUUAUGCACAGCAAUGUGAUCUGUAUGACUCUGCUAUUGUAUUUUAAAUGAAAACAUGUUUAGAGAAUGCUUACUGUAUUUUCUUUUUAUUAGCUCACCUGAGCAAUGCUCAGGUGAGUUUUUCUGAUCGCUCGAUGUCCGGCGUCCGUCGUCCGUCGUCUGUCGUCUGUCGUCCGUCGUCUGUCAACAUUUAGCUUGUGUAUGCGAUAGAGGCUGUAUUUUUCAAUUAAUCUUCAUGAAUAUUGGUCAGAAUGAUAACCUUGAUGAAAUCUAGGCCGAGUUCGAAAAUGGGUCAUCUCGGGUCAAAAACUAGGUCACUAGGUCAAAUCAAAGAAAAACCUUGUGUAUGCGAUAGAGGCUGUAUUUUUCAUUUAAUCUUCAUGAAUAUUGGUCAGAAUGAUAACUUUGAUGAAAUCUAGGCCGAGUUCGAAAAUGUGUCAUCUCGGAUCAAAAACUAGGUCACUAGGUCAAAUCAAAGAAAAACCUUGUGUAUGCGAUAGAGGUGGUAUUUUUCAAUUAAUCUUCAUGAAUAUAGGUCAGAAUGAUAACCUUGAUGAAAUCUAGGCCGAGUUCGAAAAUGGGUCAUCUCGGGUCAAAAACUAGGUCACUAGGUCAAAUCAAAGAAAAACCUUGUGUAUGCGAUAGAGGCUGUAUUUUUCAAUUCUUCUUCAUGAAUAUUGGUCAGAAUGAUAACCUUGAUGAAAUCUAGGCUGAGUUUGAAAAUGGGUCAUCUCGGGUCAAAAACUAGGUCACUAGGUCAAAUCAAAGAAAAACCUUGUGUAUGCGAUACAGGCUGUAUUUUUCAAUUGAUCUUCAUGAAUUUUGGUCAGAAUGAUUGCCUUGAUGAAAUCUAGGCCGAGUUCGAAAAUGGGUCAUCUCGGGUCAAAAACUAGGUCACUAGGUCAAAUCAAAGAAAAACCUUGUGUAUGCGAUAGAGGCGGUAUUUUUCAAUUGAUCUUCAUGAAUUUUGGUCAGAAUGAUAACCUUGAUGAAAUCUAGGCCUAGUUCGAAAAUGGGUCAUCUGGGGUCAAAAACUAGGUCACUAGGUCAUAUCACGUAAAAACCUUGUGUAUGCGAUAGAGGCUGUAUUUUUCAAUUGAUCUUCAUGAAUUUUAGUCAGAAUGAUUGCCUUGAUGAAAUUUAGACCAAGUUCAAAAAUGGGUCAUCUGGGGUCAAAAACUAGGUCACUAGGUCAAAUCAAAGAAAAACCUUGUGUAUGCAAUAGAGGCUGUAUUUUUCAACUGAUCUUCAUGAAAUUUAGCCAGAAUGAUUACCUUGAUAAAAUCUAGGCUGAUUUCGAAAAUGGGUCAUCUGGGGUCAAAAACUAGGUCACUAGGUAAAAUCGAAGAAAAACAUUGUGUAUGCAAUAGAGGAUGUAUUUUUCAAUUGAUCUUCAUGAAAUUUGGUCAGAGUGAUUGCCUUGAUGAAAACUAGGUCGGUUUUGAAUAUGGGUUAUCUGAGGUCAAAAACUAGGUCACUAGGUCAAAUUAAAGAAAAAUCUUGUGUAUGCGAUAGAGACUGUUUUUUUCAGUUGAUAUUUAUGAAAUUUGGUCAAGUUGAUUGCCUUAAUGAAAUCUAGGUCGAAUUUGAAUAUGGGUCUUCUGAGGUCAAAAACUAGGUCACUUGGUCAAAUCAAAGAAAAAACUUCUGUAUGUGAUAGAGGCUGUAUUUUUCAGUUGAUCUUCAUGAAUUUUGGUCAGAAUGAUUGCCUUGAUAAAAUCUAGGUCAAGUUUGAACAUGGGUCAUCUAGGGUCAAAAACUAGGUCAUAUCUAAGAAAAUGCUGGUUUUAUCGCAAGAGACCAAUUUUUUGGUCCAAUCUUAAUGAAAAUUGGUCAGAAUAUUUGUUUCCAUGAAAUCACUAGGUCAAACAUGUUUUACACUGUUAUGGAGUGUUUCUUAGGUGAGCGACCUAGGGCCAUCUUGGCCCUCUUGUUUUAUUAUGAUGUAUUUAUGUACUUGCACUAUAUUAUGUGCUUAGUGGUAUUAAUGUGAAACAAUUAAUCAUUCUGGUGAAGCAGUUUCUUUAUACUUAUUUUUUGACCUAGAUUUUGAACUUUUGAAAGUCUUUCAGGUGAGAUAGAAUGAGCAGAGAGAUAAAGUUAUUGUUUGCAUAUUCAUUUAUUUAAAUAAAAAAUAGAAAAAAGGCGUCAUAGCGGAUUGUUUCAGUUAAAUAUUCCAUGUACAGUAAUAACAGAACUAUUUGAAAGCAAAAUAUGGCAAUAUGCCAAAGUGGUGUAAAUAAAUUCUUCAAGUGUUUUAAAUUUAUUGGAACAUACAUACGGGCACUAUCCCAAAAUAGAGUAUAGACAUUUGUCAUAAACUUAAUUAUUGACGUCCUACUGCAAUAAAAUUUGUCCUAGUGGUAGAACUUUUAUUUCCAAACAAUUCUGUACUACUUAAAUGAAGAUCAUUGAAGGUGAAAAACAUGGAAAACCAGCAUCACUUCUAUGACCACUGACUGAGUGUUUGAACAAUGACCACUCAGCGAGUGUUUGAACAACUUGAUGAAGAAUGUAGAUAAACGGAUGACUUUAAGUCAUUGCUAAGUAAAACUUAUAAGUUAGUUAAACAUCUAUUCACAGGAUUAUGUGGGAAAAUUUAAAUAAGUUGUGUUUAAUGAAGUAUUAUGCAUUUACAUAUAAACUAUUGAAAUUUCACAUGACAGUUUUGUUAUAAAUGAAUAUAUAUGAAUGAAUAUAGUGUUAAAAUUAUGUUGUUAUACAGCAUAUAGAUGGCCCAUGUUUUGUCUAUCUAUUUGAAAUUUUUAGACAGCCCUCUUAUAUAAAUGUAUGACAUUAGAAAUAAGGUUUGAAUACCAUGAUAGAUGAUAAAAAUACAAUGUUAUGAAAUAUAUUAAUAAAAUUGUACAGUAAAUUGGAUAAUUUCAAAUCAUUUAUGAUGAGUUUUUUUUUUUAACAGAGAGAAUUGAUUUAAAAUGGUCAUGAACAGUAUAUAUUAUUGUCUUCAGAAGUUUAACCAAUAUCAAGGAUUAUAAAACUGAGAAUUGAAACCAGUCUAUGAGUGCUGCUGUCCUAUUGGUCAGAUUCAAAUUUCAGCUCCGAGUCAACCAGUCAGAUGCUGGAGGUUUGAAACCAGUCUAUGAGUGCUGCUGUCCUAUUGGUCAGAUUCAAAUUUCAGCUCUGAGUCAACCAAUCAUGCUGGAGGUUUGAAACCAGUCUAUGAGUGCUGCUGUCCUAUUGGUCAGAUUCAAAUUUCAGCUAAGACUCAACCAAACAGAUGCUGGAGAUUUGAGACUGGUCCCUGAUCUGAUUUUAUAACCUUAAGCCCAGAAGGGAGGUGCAAAAUAUUAACACUGUGAAUAUAUCUGUCAAAAAUGUGUAAUAAAUUUGAUGCAAAAUAUACCUAAUAUAAAUUUAAAUUAGUGAAAUGAGCUGGUCCAUAUGUUUUAAUUUAGUCCUACAAAACUAAAAUAUUUUGUAAACAUUUAUUUUUGUUACAUUCACUAACUGCAAUAUUAUAGAAAAUGGAUAUGAAACUCGUUAUUACUGUUACACUGCAUGUCUUGCAUAUUGACCAAAUAUCGCAAAUAUUGUACCACCUGAAUUAGUUCUAGUUUUGUUCAAAGCAGACUUUUACCAUUGCAAAAACAAAUCUGAAUUGCAGUUGCUUAUAGGGACUAGGGUAUUUUAUGCUGGAAUAUACUUUAUUUAAAUGAAUCUGUUUACAAUAUUCAAUGUACAUACAACUGAGGGAGAGAGAGAGAAAAAUUACCUGUGAUGGUAAAUACUGUACAUAAUUGUGUAGAUAAUGUUUUGUUUUGGAGAGUAAUUAUAAACUUAUACAUGUAUUAAUUAUAAUAAUUAUUUUUCGUGUUGUUUUAUUUGUAGUGUUAGUGAGUAAAAUGUGCAACAACUUUCCCCCUUUUUCCAUGCUAUAUGUAUAACAUUAGUUAUCUAUAAAACUGUGCAAUUUUAACCCUGUGAGUUGAUAACAGAAUAGCAGUUGUUUUUUUUUUUGUGAAAUUUAUUUUAUUGUAAAAUUGUUAAGAAUGUGUGUGUUAAAUUGUAGUACUCUUUGUGCUUCAUUAUCUUCAUUACUUUUUAUUUUGGCAUUGUUUUAAUCAUAUUUUAUUGCUGUUGUAAAUUCAUAUUGUGUAGUAAAUAAAUGAAUACGUGAAACAUAUAACUAUAUACCUGAAUGUGGAUAAUUGAUUUUUGUCAAAGCAAAUGUUACAGAAAGCCAUGUAUUUGUAUAAGCUAUGUUAACCCCAUAGUGCACUAAGAUUUGCAGUUGAAAGUCGCACAUUUGAGCUUCAUGUAUAACAUACUAAUCUCCUUGGUCAACCUAGCAAAGCACAUCCUAGAGUUUGCUGCACUUAACCCUUAGCUUGCUGGCAGCAAGUAAUUCUGCCUUUGCGACCAGUGCAGACCAAGAUCAGCAUGCACAUCCGUGCAGUCUGAUCAUGGUCUGCACUGUUCGCCAUUCAGUCAGUAUCUUUUUGGUAAGCACCCCUUUAAACAGUUAGUGGUACUGUCCAAAUUGAAAGAUGGACAAGUUCAUUAUAGAAAUUUAGCAGGUUAAGGGUUAAAUAUACAGCUAUUUACUAGUUAUGUUUUCUGCAGUCUGCAUUAUUAAAGGGGCAUGCCUCCAGGUUUAUGUUGGGUGUUAUUUGUUUAUUUUUUCCUUUAGAAUUUGAAAGUACUUCCAUUUGUAAUUAAAUAUAAGUAAAUAGUAACAACAAAGUGAUUGAAUGAGAUCUAGGCAGAAUUUAGAUAUUAAAAACAUCAUCAGCUCAGCACGGAAAGUAAAUAUUAAUCCUUAUCAUGCUGGACACGAUUGAUUCUGUCUUUGCGACCAGUGCAGAUCAUGCUCAGCCUGCAUUUAGGUUGCCAUUUAGUCAGUAACAUUUUGGUAAGCACCCCUUUUAACAGUUAAUGGUACUGUCCAAAUUGAAAGAUCUGUAAAUUCAUUAUAGAAAUUUAGCAGGGUAAGGGUUAAGUGCACUGAAAUAAAGAAGCAUGUUUUUACGCUGAGGUGACGAUAACGGUAAAUUUUGUAGAAAAGCCUUCAGAUUUAUGCAGUAAACAGUUUAGCAUAACAAGUCACAAUUUAGUUGCACUUCAUAUCAUUAACUUUCAGUUGUCUGUAAAAAAAACUGGUUUAUGAUUACUAAGUACGCCGUAUGAAAAUUAUGAUAUCCGAAGUCUGGAGGGGAGUCCCUUUAAGUUAUAUUCAAACUGUCGGUUUAUCUUUAUGACGUUUUUUGUUUUUGUUUUAUUUGCAAGAGAUAUAAGUCCCUGUAUUUAUAUUAACCAUUUGUGCUGAUUAUGUUAGUUUCUUUAGUUCUUGUAGAUUUUCUUGUUUUUUGAGUCUCUUUAAUUUCCAGUGGUGGUGCUUUUGUUUUUCUGUUGGUUUAGUUUAUGCUAUAUUUAGUUCUUUUCUUUUGUGUAUAAGAAAUAUAUACAUGUAUAUGAAUUGAUUGCUACUUGGUUUUCAAUAAAGAUUUGAGAUACUGAAUAAUCUGUAGUCAAGGUAACACAAUGUACUACAUAAUGCGUGCUAGAACUAUUGAACUUCAGCACUCCAGCAGCAAAGUUGUUUUUAAUGUAGUGGACCGAUAAUGACAGUCGUAAUUUCCAUUUGAUUACGUGUUUUUUUUUGCGUAUUUGAUUUCAGUAUUUUCCAGUUGUCACUGAAACCAUUGCUCAUAUGAGCUUUUGUAGGACCAAAGAAUAUCAAAAUAACAAGGAUAUGAAUGAGUUGGGUUUUACGGCGAAUCGACACAAAAUGGUCGUAUAUUGCCGAGCCUCUACGUUUAAAGCAUGUAAAAUACAUGACAGUGAUUAAAUGACGAUAUAUUACAGAUCUGAAAAUAGCAGCAUCUAGUUAAAGCCUACAAUGUGAAAAUUCUGGGUCCUUGCCUUAAGUCAAAAGUUAUAAUGCAGUGGACCUGUCAUUUUCACAUCUGUAGCCAUGGUCUUCUGAUUCAAAAUGCAAGUAUUUUCAAAACUAGAAAGGUGAAUAAUUAUUAGGAAAAAUACUGUCAAAACUGAAACAUUUUCCUUCCUGGUUGUGAAUGAAUGUCUUGUUUAAAUGGUUUAGUUAAAUGUCAAGAUUAAUAUUAAUAUUUAAUGGUUGCCAUGGAAACAUGUGCACCUCCCGGCGAAAAAUAGUGCUAAAAUGUACAUAAAAAUUUAUCAUUGGUGUAAGCUCAUUUUCAUUAGAUUGGUGUAAUUGAUUCAAAAGAAAUAAAUAUGAGGUAAAAUUGCUUGAUUAAAUGCUACCGUAAAUUGGGUAAUACUCGCAAUGCUUUUAUUUUUGCUAAUUUUCGGAAAAAAAGUGAAACACAAAUUCAAGACUCUUGUGACCAUUAAACAGCAUCAACCUUAAAAGAAUGAAUUUUUAAGAAGGCAAAUAUUGCCCUUUGUUACUGAAUUGGAAAUGAAAACAAUGAUGAAUUUUUAACAACAGAUACAUGUAUGCCGCAAAAAUAUAUGAGUUUGCGAAAUUAAAGGGAUGUGAAAAUUACUCGUUCUACGCUUAUUCAUAAAAAAUUCACCAAUAUUCUCCAGAUCUGUUUCUUUGUUAUCCAGAUAUCAUCAGUUUUAAAUGUUGUGCACAUUGCUCAGUCGUAAUUUAAGCCAUAUACUGUAAAAGCAGAAAUGUGUGUGAAGGUUCAAUUUUUGCCAUAUUUGCUGGGUCCCUUGCGUGAAUAUGUAACCAUUUGUAUAAUGCAAUUCAAGAAAAUCUUGCCAUUACACAUACCAAAUUGAAACAGCGAUGGUUAUAAAAAUCGGAUAUGUUCUGUGUUUUCCGUAAUUAUAAUAAGAUAGUAUAAUUUUAAAAUAAACAGAACAAACAACAGAGGAACAUAGGAACACCUAGUUGUUUAAAAGCUGAAAUGCUGCAGGAUGAACUUUUUACAAUCUCACAAAUAUAAAACCUUGCAAACGUACUCAAUUUUUUAAAUUCGCUAAAGUUUGACCCAGCGAAAAUAUGUACUUUUACAGUAGAGAUGUCAUAAUUUUACAUAUUAUUUUCAAACUAAUAAAUAUAUAGGUCAUCACAUCUUCAGUUGCUGUAAACAAUAUUUUAUUAAUCACAAUUCAUUUACAACAUGUACAUAUAUCAAAAAGGCAUACAGAAUUGAGUAGGAAGCUGUAAGCUUUCUCCUCUGUGUAGUGUUUAUUUGUAUUUGCUUAUUUAUGUAGUAACUAUUCUAUUGUUACCUUGUUAUUGAGAAGAUGUGGUUUAUCAUGAUCGGAAUUAUAAGUUUGAAAUAAUUUUUGUGUAUUUUUUGUCUUAUAUAUUGUUUACAUAAUUGCUAAUGUUUCACCUAAUUACCAGAUAAGACUUUUGAAAAGUAUGGUCAAAUAUUUGGGCAAAUGGCAAUGUGGUACAUGUCUUAAGAGUUUAAUUUUCUAGUAAUUAUUAAAGAGGAACAUAGUGUAUUCAGUAGGCAUCACAUUCAACCAGCAGUGAGAGAUUUUGAUACAAUUUUAAGCCACUUGUCUAUAUAUUAUGCUUGAUCGUUUAUUUAGAUGAUAUAUAGGUUUCAAAUGGUUACUUCUAGUUUUAUUUGAUAAUUUAUAACAAGUUAUUGUUCACAUAUUAAAUUAUUAACAAAAAGUAUACAGUGGACUUCAGAUCUGUUGACAUUUCAAAGAAUUAAUGAAAGAAUGAACAGUAACCUAUAAAUAACUGUUUAUUUCACUCUUCUAUCUUAGCAGCAGUGAACAAUCAGAUGAAAUGCUUGUAUCAAACUGCUUCAUAACAUUUUUCUGCAAAUAUCAUUAGUAAUCUUUGUAAAAUACCCACCCCCUCCCCACUUCUGUAAUCUGUUAGUAUUGAAAUUGCAGCAUGUUGUGUAAUUUAUGAUACCAGGUAGGUACUUGACUUUGUCAGGCAUACUGAAGUAGAAGAUUUGGGCUUGUGAAGUGGGUUAUUGCAGUACAUGCAUCAUAUAUGGGUGUUUUUCGGGGCUUUUGUUACGUAGACUUGCAUGUUAUUUCAAUUUGGUUUACAAAAUCAUAUCAGAUGACUUCUUUGGAUUUUUUAGGCAAGUUUUCUGUACUUACAGAAAAAAUGGCAAAAUCUUUAGUAAGAUUACUGAAAGGUAGAUGGAAACCAUCACAAUACUGAAAAGCAUACAAAUUUUCCGUCUUAUUGAUACUGAUAAAUUGACGUGGUCAGGAAAGUCAACAAUUUUAUAGGCCGAGAAAAACAAUUUAUCUACCAUUCUUUAUAAUUUGAAAAUAUAAAACUUCUUUUAAUAAACACAGCCUAAAGCAAUUUGUUGCCAUUUUAUAUGUAAAUAUUGCUUUUAAUAGAUGUUCACUUUCCUGUAGUCAAUUAACAUGUUUGGAAAUUAUUAAAGAAUGUAUUUAUUUUUAGUUUUUAAUGAUUUUUUGUUUAUAUUGUUAAAUGUUUUUGAUAGAUUUUGGAUUUGAUUUUGCCUACUGAUAUAUCCUAGUAACAAGUACAUUAUGUAGGUCUAAUUGUGGAACUUUGACAAUGGUUUAAUGACUGUAAUCUUGUUAAUAAAGGACCUUGCACAUGA